GCUCGAUCAAGUGGCAAACGCGCAACGGAAAGCAUACGCAAUCUUUCCCCACAACAAGCUUUGUGAUCCCUCCUUACAUUUUCCUAGGAACCAUAGUUCCUCCUACAUAUAUCAGACGCGAUGGCAUUAGAAGAGCACACGCAACAGGAGGCCCAGCCAGCAGCAGGGUUCUCUUUGGCCAAUAUCCUCAGUGGCAGUGACGAAAACCUGGAGCUUCCGAACCUCAGAGGGAAAUCUGAGGAAGUGGAUUCGGACGGGGAGACAAGUACCGCACCAGCUGCUGAGGGUUACUGUGUGGAAUGUGAAGAUCAACCAGCCCAACUACACUGUGAAGGAUGCGCAGAUGACUUCUGUGAAGUCUGCUUUGCCGCUCAACAUCGUAAAGGCAGUCGGAAACGUCACGCGACAAAACCUCUGAAACGCGUAGAUGAGGCAAAGAAGAAGGCGAAACUCGCUUCUGAGAAAGAGCAGCCUAGUGGCUCGCAAGGUCAUGAGGACGCAAUGGACACCGGCUCUGAUGAAUCUGAUGCUGAACUUGAACAGUUAGCUGCAGGGCCAUCUACAACCACUACCUCCGUAUCCGUUGCGCCAGAGAUCGGUGCCUUCGUUGGUGACUGGUUCUUGGAUCGCUCCAAAUACAUUCCUAUGCGUCUCGAGCUCGCCGAGCGAAAGUACCUCCGACUUCUAGAAGCCGCUCUCAAUGUCUCUGAAUACACCGACAAGAUCGAUACUAUCGGCUUCAGACUUUCCAAAGCCAAGCGUAUAGUGCAUCAGAUUCGCGAACUCUGUGCAAUCAUGUCUGGUCUUGUGUUAGCCGCGGAUUACAAACAAGGUCAGGAAUUGUUCACUGAUCGCGAGUUCAAAGAAAACGAAGAUUUCUUUCAAAAAAUAUUCGAGUUGGGUCGGCGUCAUAAGAUCAUGAACCCUGAUAAAAUGCGGUCGACGUAUGGAAAGUUGAUCUACCUUCUUCAGGACAGUCAAUCACCUGAAGUGAUAGAUAUGCUUGGAUUUUCGUGUGUUCAACCAAUCCGGACUGUCUAUACUGUUCUUGAGGAACAGAACGCGCUCGAUCUCCUUCGUGAAGAUCUCGUAUCUGUCGCCACCAAAGAGAUCUACUCCGAGGGCAGAACACGUCGAGAUAUUCAAAAGGACAUCCGAAGCAAGGAAAAGGCCAUUGAAGCACUUUCAGCAAAAUAUCAACGCAAGGGUCUCAGUCAAGAGACAAUUCGUCAAUGUCUAUAUAGUAUCGGUGACAAUCACGCGUUCUUGCGUACGAACCGGGAUCCUUGUGACAAGAUGAUUGCCUAUUUGAAACAAUACUUCCAUCCAACAAAACCGAACGAUGGGAAGAGCAGUCUUGCCAUCAAAAGUGGCAAAGGUGGUGCGAGGUUAAGUCAUGAUCACCAGAAGCAAUAUGCAUACGUGCUGCAGAGUUUGACUUUGUGGCGCGAGAUUCUACAUGACAUGUUCCACCUCUGGUAUCUCGCCGAGUCAGACCUGCUCUCCGAGAAUGUACCUUACCGUCUUCGUGACACCGGUCAAGGUCUCAACCGAGUCCAAGCUGCCCCUAAGACCUCUCGUAUGAUGCACGUCAUCUUGAACCGUGCUCAGAGGAGUAUCGGGUCUUGGGUAGGCUCUUCAGUUAUCCACAUGGGCGAUCACAAUGUUCCGAACGCGCUCAUGUUCAUCGAUAAAUACUCCCAAAUCUAUCGAAUCCUCCUGCCUAUUUGCAACACGAUCUCCAAAAUUCCAGAGCUCAUGACUAAGCAUGCUCUCCGAUCAUACAUCGAAAACGAGUUCGGAUCUGCGGAAGGUUGUUCAAGAGAAAUCCUUGGCGACUUCUUCAGACAUGGAUUCGAUGGAUCGGGUGCAGACAACUUCUUUGAUGCUGGAUCGUGUAUCGAUGGACGACUCACUUCGGCUUGGAACUGGUGUAACUCGCUCGAGAAGAAACGGUAUUUCCCUGUGUUUUUGCUUGCAGGUUUCAUUGGUUUCGACGGUGACUGGUAGAUAGAUACUUAGAGGACUUUUCAUGAUAUUAUUCCAUUGUGCAUUCAUUAAGUAGACAUUCACAUUGUCGUUGGCUUCCAUUCGAAAUCACACCCAGGCAUCCGUCCUGCAAUCCAGUGAUCCCACAUUCUACGCAUAAUCUAUAACGGCGAUGUACGAUACGCACAAGAUGGUCCGUCAAAUUUUACAUGCCCGUUGUACCUCCAAUGGUGAUCAAGCUACGGUCUCUUGAGGCUGCGGCGUGCUCGCCUCAAUGCCAGUGGGAGUAACAGUAACCGGGGUAGCAGCAGGUGCUUCUGGCACAUUGCGCUUCUUGGCCGCCACCACAACUUCCAAAACGCUCGAGAGACCCGUCUUCCAUGCUACGAGACGCUUCUCGAGUGCUUCCCACUGAUCGCGCUCGAAUGCACGGGCAGUAGCACGAAUGAUAUGCAGGGUGCGAGUGGUUUGUGAGAUCUUGCUGGUGAUGAGACCUGCACGAAUGGCUGUGACGAGGAAUGUCAACUUCAGCAGGGUGAAUUGUGCAUAAAAGGAAAUGAAGAUAUUACCGUCGAUGACCCAUCGCUCGACCUGUGACUCUUCAACCUGAAUUGCGGAGGCUACUGCUGAGUAGGGAAGAUCACGUCCGACGUUUUGGAACCCGAGGGUGGCAAGGCUGAGCAAACGAAUCUUGCGCUCAAGCUGUGUCUUGUCCAAGUCUGAGGGCAGAUAAUGUCGCAAAUGAGUUUCACAAGCAAGAAUGCAUGGACGUUCGGAAUGAUACGUACUGUAUUUGGAGAUCACAUCGGCAUGGCCGGAUUCCCAAUCCUGGUAUUGUGACAAUCCGUCGUUUAGGAAUAUCUGCAGCAGAGGGAAAAGCUCGUGGUUUUUCGCUGCAACUACAGCAUCCAGACGGAAGAGAGGGUCAAAAUCGAAGGUUGUUGGUGAUCGGAGUGCAGUUGCGAUGAGUUCCCCGGCGGCGGACUCAGCAGAAGGGGAAGAUGGAGGUAUUGAGCGGACGUAGGAAAGUUGAUAGAGAUAUGAUGUAUCACUUUUCAAAUGUCAACAUGUUUGUUUCA